UGCGCCGAGGGCAGCUGCUACCCGGCCACGGGCGACCUGCUCAUCGGCCGCGCCUCGCGGCUCUCCGCGUCCUCCACGUGCGGCCUGCGGCAGCCCGAGCCCUACUGCAUCGUGAGCCACCUCCAGGAGGACAAAAAGUGUUUCAUAUGUGACUCGGAGGAUCCCUUCCAUGACACCCUCAAUCCUGAUAGUCACCGUAUAGAAAACGUGGUGACCACGUUCGCUCCGAACCGCCUGAAGCUUUGGUGGCAGUCGGAAAACGGUCUGGAGAACGUGACUAUCCAGCUGAACCUGGAGGCCGAAUUUCAUUUCACUCAUCUCAUCAUGACGUUCAAGACAUUCCGUCCUGCUGCAAUGCUGAUAGAAAGGUCGUCUGAUUUUGGGAAAACAUGGCAAAUAUAUAGGUAUUUUGCCUAUGACUGUGAAAGCUCCUUUCCUGGAAUUUCAACUGGACCCAUGAAGAAAGUGGAUGAUAUCAUUUGUGACUCGCGAUACUCUGACAUUGAGCCUUCAACUGAGGGAGAGGUAAUAUAUCGUGUUUUAGACCCUGCUUUUAGAAUUGAAGAUCCAUACAGUCCAAGAAUUCAAAACCUCCUAAAGAUAACAAAUCUGAGAGUCAAAUUCGUCAAGCUGCACACUCUGGGAGAUAAUCUCCUGGAUUCCAGGAUGGAGAUCAGGGAGAAAUACUACUAUGCCAUUUACGACAUGGUGGUUCGUGGGAACUGCUUCUGCUACGGCCAUGCCAGCGAGUGUGCGCCAGUGGAUGGCUUCAGUGAGGAGGUGGAAGGGAUGGUCCACGGGCACUGCAUGUGCAGACACAACACCAAGGGGUUAAACUGCGAGCAGUGCUUGGAUUUCUACCAUGACUUACCCUGGCGACCCGCCGAAGGCCGCAACAGCAACGCGUGCAAAAGGUGCGACUGCAACGAGCACUCGCAGCGGUGCCACUUCGACAUGGCCGUGUACAUGGCCACGGGCAACAGCAGCGGCGGCGUGUGCGACGACUGCCAGCACAACACCGUGGGGCGCAACUGCGAGCAGUGCAAGCCCUUCUACUUCCAGCACCCCGAGAGAGACCUGCGCGACCCCGACGUCUGCGAGCCCUGUAACUGUGACCCAGCCGGCUCCCAGAACGGCGGGGCUUGUUAA